UUCUCUUAAUCCGAGAGCAUCCAUUUUUUAUGUACGCAGGCAGCUCGGUGACGGAGCGCAGACACACGAAACCUGCUCAUUUUUAUUAAAAUAAAAAUAAAAUAAAAAACAGUGCGGGGGAAAAAUAACCCUGCGUGCGUGCGUGUGCGCGUGUUUGCGAGAAGAAGCGCGCGCGUCCUUAUAAUAAAUAACCUGAGAGAAGGCGAGAGAGGGGAACAUACGUCGUCGUGUCGUUUACACCACCUUUCUGUCGGAUUUGUGUGUGCACGCGCCAACAAUAAAAAGAAAUGUCUGCUCCAGGCCCUGCCGGCGCCCCCGCCCCUGAGGGAGGGAAUCAGCCUCCUCCCAACCUGACCAGCAACCGCCGCUUACAGCAGACGCAGGCUCAGGUGGACGAGGUGGUGGACAUCAUGCGUGUGAACGUGGAUAAAGUCCUGGAGCGGGACCAGAAGCUCUCAGAGCUGGAUGACCGAGCCGACGCGCUGCAGGCCGGAGCAUCUCAGUUCGAGACCAGUGCCGCCAAACUCAAGAAUAAAUACUGGUGGAAGAACGCCAAGAUGAUGAUAAUCCUGGGGGUGAUAUGUGUGAUCGUGCUCAUCGUCAUCAUCGUGUACUUCAGCACCUAAAGGGCGAGUUUCCUACCCCACCCUGCGCCCGAUUUACAACUAUUCAAUCAAUACCCAACAAACGAGUGUAAAUCUCUGCCCUCGAUGACCCCCUGUACGGACCCCGGUUUCUGUGUCCCCACGUCCGGCCUCUGAGCGUGCGCCUGUGUGUGUGCGCGUGUGUGUGUCCUCUGUAAAUACCUCCCGCUUUUCUGAGAUCUCUGAAAGCAGACGGUAAUCCCAGUAAAUCUCUCAGUGUGUGUACGACUCGUCCUUAUUUGUAGAGUUUUAUUUGUAGAGUUCGUAUGUGGGUGUGCGUUUGUAUUAUUUAAAAAACAAAAAAUGUUUUCUUUUUUGUAUGACUUCUUUGGCUUGAAAAAACUGCCUAUGAAUCUCUGUGUAUAUAACGCACGAUGUGUGUCACUUAUUCUAUGCUUGUAGUUUACUUCUUUAACCGAGAUACUCUUCCAAAACCCGAUGUCUCUCUCUCUCUCUCUCUCUCUCUCUCUCUCUCUCUCUCUCUCUCUCUCUCUCUCUCUUUCUCUCUCUCACUGUCAGUGCAUCUGUAUUUCUUUUUUUUCAACAAUAGACUUUUGUAAACUGCCACAGAAAUGAUUUGGACCAAUGGUGAUAGAUUUAUAUUUUUAUUAAGUCUGUAGUGUCUUAUCUCUUAAACAUUCCUUUAUUGCAGGGUAGAACGAUGCUGUCUACACAACUGAAAUGCAUACAGGAAUAUUUUACAAACAGUCUGUAAUUGGUGAAAACAGCGGACGCACGUGGCCGAUAAGAUUAAAGGGGAAUCAGCAUGCACAAGAACCUCGUUUUUGAUGGCGCUUUUAAACAGAAAAUAGUAAUAAUAAUAAUUUGAAAGUACAGCCGAGCUGCCAGCAAAAUUGAAAGCACACUGCUCGCAUUAUUUCUAAAUGGCAUGCUUUUUUGUUGUUGUUUCUUUCUUGAAAUUUUAUUAUUUAGAUUUUAUGUUUAUAUGUAGAAAUAGAGUAUAUUUGUCAUUUUUUUGCAUGUGGAAAAGGGACCAGAUUAUCACCUGGAGAUUGUGUGUGUGUGUUUGUUGAUUUUAGCUGUCUAGUUUAUACACUGCCAAGCACCUGGGGGUUUUUUGUGUGUUUUUUCCGUCCCUUUAUGUCCACACUGCUCGCACCGGUUUGCUUUUAUGCAUACAGUGAUAUAACAUAAUGCCACCUACAUGCAUACACAAACACACACACACACAAACACACACACACACACACACACACACACACAAAAACACAAAUACAGGACUCCAGUCACGUAGGACCGAUCUGUCAGCAUGAAAUGAGCCAGUGAUGAUGUGUGGAGCCACACAAGAUUAUUUUUACCACACACACACACACACACACACACACACACACACGCUCACCCUCCAUUCUGUUCAUAUCUCCCCUCCCCCAUGGCCAUAUGUACAGUCCGUCAUUGGAUUAAACCAGAAGGACUAACUAGGCAUGCUAGUGUAGCUUAAAGAAAUAAGACUGUGUGUGUGUGUGUGUGUGUGUGUGUGUGUGUGUGGGAGCUGAGGAGGUGCCGUCUUUGACAUUCUUAAUCGUUAUUUCUUUAGAUAUAUAAGGAAGAGUGGCAUAAAAAACCUUGUUCCAAUAAUUUUGCCUGUUAUUUGCAUAGUCAUGGAACAUCCAGACCUCCAGAAACUAUGCUAUUCAAUUAUGCUAGCUAGCUAACCUCUAGCUUCCACGUUAGCUAAUUUCUUUGCUACCUAAUGGCACUCAGACUGCAUAAAAAUCGGGAAUGGUGGAGAAAAUAAUUCUUGUGAUUUCAUUCUUCCCAUCAGCCAUCUAGUCAUACUCUAAAAAAAUGUAAAGGUCAGUGCUUGCUAACUAACUAAAUGACUAACUAGCUUGAUGUGAAAUGUAUAGCUAUUCAUAGCUGUACUUCAUUUUAGUGAAACACAACAGCACUCAGGCGGCAUAAAAUCCAAAAACAGCCAGUUAAAUUGUUCUUGUUCUUGCUGUAUGUUCAACCAGCAGUCGAUCAAAGUUUCGGAAGAAACCAUGCUGAAACUAUGCUAACUAGCUUGUUAGCUUACUAUCAAUCCUAUAGCUUGUGGAGGUCUGCUGUCUUUUCCACUUUAUGUUUUUUUAAUCAACAUUACUAAUUCCAUCUUGUAUGGAUGAUUGUAUGGAGAAUUUUAUUUUUUAAAAACAAACACUCACUCGUUAAACCCAGAACAGAAACCAACCAAAGACCUCGUUGUCUUGCUAACGCUGCCAAACUGCCAUCAAAAACAGGUUCAGGGACAAAGCAUUUUCCUUUCACCCCUCACGAUGCUCACUCAGACUCAUCUCGGGCUACAAGCCCCAAUCAGCUGAUCUCGGACUUUAUUUUACUCGUUCAGGAUUAGCAGUGGACCUAAUUCAAGAAUAAUACGCGAUGAUGAUGAUGGUGAUGGUGACGAAGGUGUCCGCUAUUCUUAGCCACUCAACAUCGAUAGCACAACUCCGUUAUUUCUCCUUUCUCCCCCUGUGAUGCUGAUUUAUUUGUAGCUGUUAAGAAAAAAAAAGAAAAGAAAGAAAUGACUAUAUUGUGUUCAGUGUUGUGCUGUGGGGUGAAUCUGGUGGACGUGGGGGCCCAUUUCUUCAGGUACAUGCCAAAUUGACAUAUUUAAAUUAGGCCGAUUUGUUUAGCAUCGGGGUAGGACUCGUACACCACGGACAAAUCACGAAAAGGAUUUGAAGCGGAAUUAAUUAAAAAAAACAAAAAAACAGAUGUAUGUGAGAUUGAAAUGAUUUCUGUUCCCUUUGUGAAUGUGUGUGUAUGAAGCUGUACCCCUGUCUAUUUAUUUUAGGUUUAACAGUGAGUGAGUGAGUGUGUGUGUGUGGGUGGGUGUGGGUGGGUGUAGGGGUAACAGGCACGGGUAACUUCACCGCUCCCAGUCUGGUUAAGUUUGUGCAUCUUCUUGUGCGUCAUCGAGGGAAAUUGUAAAAAAAAAAAUAAUAAUAAA